AUGGAUAAGUUACUGUCAUCUCUAAUUAAAUUUCAGGUAAAUGAAGAGUUAAAAAACAGUAGUAAUAUUAGUGAUAGAUUAUUAUAUAUAGUUUGGAAUAAUAUAUUUUUAAGAAAUGAAAUUCAUAAACAUAUUUUAAAGUUUAUUAAACAUAAUGUUGUAGAUCUUGAUAAAAAACAAUAUGACCAGUUUAAAGAUAAAUCAUAUAUAACAACACUUAAGUGGGGUGGUGGUCCACUACCAGAUAAAAAUGAAUUUCCACCCUUUUUGAAAAAUUUAGAUUUGUACCAUUUUAAUAUGUUAAUAACUACUUUACCAAAUAGUCUCACAACACUCAAAUUCGGUUAUGAUUUUGACCAAGUAGUUCUACCCGGCACAUUACUAAAUAGUCUCACAACACUCACUUUCGGCCAUUGUUUUAAACAAGUAUUUCUACCCGACUCAUUACCAAAUAGUCUCACAACACUCACAUUCGGUUAUGAUUUUAACCAAGUAGUUCUACCCGGCACAUUACCAAAUAGUCUAACAACACUCACUUUCGGUCAUUAUUUUAACCAAGUACUUCUACCCGGCACAUUACCAAAUAGUCUAACAACACUCACUUUCGGUUAUGAUUUUAACCAAGUACUUCUACCCGACUCAUUACCAAAUAGUCUCACAACAAUCACUUUCGGUUAUUAUUUUAACCAAGUAGUUCCACCUGACUCAUUACCAAAUAGUCUCACAACACUCACAUUCAGUAAUCAUUUUGACCAAGUAAUUCUCCCUGGUGCACUACCAAAUAGUCUCGCAACAUUCACAUUUGGUGUUAAUUUUAACCAAAUGGUUCUACCCGGAUCACUCCCAUAUCUCCCAACACUCACAUUCGGCUAUUGUUUUAACCAAAUAGUUCUACCCGACUCAUUACCAAAUAGUCUCACAACACUCACAUUCGGCCAUGAUUUUAACCAAAUAGUUCUACCCGGCACAUUACCAAAUAGUCUUACAACUCUAACAUUCGGUAAAAAUUUUAACCAAGUAAUUCUACCAGGAACAUUACCAAAUAGUCUCACAACACUCACACUUGGAACCCUAUUUAACCAAAUAGUUCUACCCGACUCAUUACCAAAUUAUCUCACAACACUCACAUUCGGCUCUGUAUUUAACCAAAUAGUUCUACCAGGAUCAUUACCAAAUAGUCUCACAACACUCACAUUCGAUUAUUGUUUUAACCAAGUAAUUCUACCCUAUUCAUUACCAACUUGUCUCACAACACUCACAUUCGGUAAUCGUUUUAACCAAGUAGUUCUACCCAGCGCAUUACCAAGGUAUCUCAAAACACUUAUAUUCGGUGAUAAUUUUAACCAAGUAGUUCUACCUGGUGCACUACCAAAUAGUCUCACAACACUCACAUUCGGUAAAAAUUUUAACCAAGUAGUUCUACCCGGUUCAUUACCAAAUAGUCUCACAAAACUCACAUUUGGUUAUUAUUUUAACCAAAUAGUUCUACCCGGUUCAUUACCAAAUAGUCUUAUAACACUCACAUUUGGUUAUUAUUUUAACCAAAUAGUUCUACCAGGAUCAAUACCAAAAAGUCUCACAACACUGACAUUCGGUUAUCGCCGGGUAGUUCCACCCGGCUUAUUACCAAAAGUUUUGGAGGAAUAUUCAAUAGCAUUCGUGAUGCCUUCAAUCAAAGAUUUCAUUAUGGAUAAGAAAAUAAUCUAA